AUGGUGUCCCUUCCCCAUUCCAUAAUUCUCCUCUCCCUCAUCCUUUCCACCCUCACCAUCUCCACCAUUGCUCAAUCCAAGCCCAGAUCCCUAAUCCUCCCGCUCACCAAAGACCGCGCCACCAACCAAAUCCUCACCCGCCUCGAUCUCGGCACUCCCCAAGUCUCCCGUAACUUCAUCGUCGACAUCGCCGGCCGACAGCUCUGGCUCGAUUGCUAUAGCGGCUUCUCCAAUUCCUCCUCCACCUACCGCCUAGCCCGCUGCGGCUCCGCCGCCUGCUCCGUCUCCAAAGCCGAAUGCAAGUCCCCCUGCUUCCUCCCCCUGCAGCCGGGUUGCUUCAACAACUCCUGCACCGUCCUGACCCGUAACCCGAUCCGGACGACAGGUGGCAGGUCCGAAGUCGCCCUCGAUACGGUGUCGCUUCACUUCACCUCCACGAGAGGCGCACGCGGCGGGCCCCGCAUCUCAAUCCCCAAUUUCAUCUUCGCCUGCGAAACCGUCUUCGGGCUCGAUAACCUAGCCGCCGGGGUAGAACCGCAGAAGGCGCACUCGGCCUCUCCAGUGAGCGAAUUGGCCUCCCGUCGCAGAUCUCGAUAA